AUGUUUCUCAAACCUGACUUCGAUUCAAUGUCUCGCUGCAGCACUGAAUCUCCUGUCGGGGACACCCUGACGUACUAUCAGAAGACGCAAGACGACUCUAUUUCCAGCUUCUCAGCUUCGCCAUCAGAGAGUAAUGCACAGGUAUGAAUCAAUCAAGUGGUGAUGUCUGUGAUGCAAUGAUGUAUAAUAUUCAGACGCAACGAUGUCAACGAUUAUUAAUUGAAAUAUGGUUGCCUUUCAUCAUUUAUCAGUGUUAAUCUCUACUCUAUUAACAUUCAUGUGUGUGAAAUAUUAAUAGGAAAUCAUUGAUAUUGAUGUAUUUGUCGAAAAUGCCGGGUGGGUAAAUGAUUCUACCAUAUUAUUCCUAUAAAUAAUAUAUAGCAUGUCGAUGUAGCGGUUCAUUGAGAAAAAUAAAUCCAUUCAGGAGCCUCCACAGCAUCUCUGCGUCAGUGUUGACGUCAGUAACAAUGAUAAAGUAAAAUAUUGAUCCAGAGGAGACUAUUUUUAGAUGGCUAGAUAUAUUUUAAGAGAACACAUAGUACAUGCCAUGACAAUACAGCAUAGAGUCACAGACAUCCCCAAUCCAAAUGUGGUAAUUGCCUUAUGUCUCUGUCAUUAGAAUAAAAUGUGUUUAAUUACACAUUUUGCAGUAAAAUAAUUAAGCAAAUUGUGAUAAAAAAAAUCAUCAGUGGUAAAUUAACUGUGAUAAUAUAUCACUUUGCAGGAGCUCUGCCCAGACAUGGAUAUACCAGCCACUCCAUUUAUUCCAACAGUGACUGCAAUUUCCACAACCCCGGAUUUGCAGUGGAUGGUCCAGCCGACCAUAAUAAGGUCUCUCUCCCCGUCUCUGGGUAGCAAACAAACCAAUGAAGCGCAGAGCUCUCACCAGGCAACACCCAAAGCGGGCGAGAGCAGGGGAAAAAUCACUGGCAGAAAGGGGAAAACCGAGAAGGUUAGAGCACUUUUCUGAUUACAAUUCAAACAAAACACAUUAACUUGUGUAAACAUCUAAAUCAGUGCAUGCUCUCCAAAAGCAGUGUAUUUGGCUGUGUGCCGAGCUCAGGCAGUCCAUUUAUAUUCAGGUCACAGCGAGUCUGCAACAAUGGUCUAUUUUUAGACGCAUUGCAGAGAAAGAUGCUUUUGGCAACGGAAGUCUGAGAUUAGGAGAUGAAAUGGACUGAUUCUUCAAGGUGCAAGUGUUUUUCUCUGAAACCCACAGUUCUCUCCAGAGGAAGAAGAGAAGAAGAGGGUGAGAAGAGAGAGGAAUAAAAUGGCUGCAGCCAAGUGUCGCAACAGACGGAGGGAACUCACCGAUUCACUGCAAACUGUAAGUUAACCCUUGGAAAUCAUGUUAAUCAUAGUACCAUAAUCUUAAACAGUAACCUAUAGUUAUGAUUGACAUUUCCUGUGUUAUUUUUUGGGGUCUUUUCGAAGGAGACUGAUCAGCUGGAGAAAGACAAAGCAGCUCUGCAGAUAGAGAUAGCCAACCUCCUCAAAGAGAAAGAGAGGCUGGAAUUUGUCCUCACUACUCAUAAACCUGUGUGCCAAAUUACAGAAGAAUUGGAUUCCAUUUUCCAGGAGCCCAUUGGGUCUCCAGACCUCCCCCCCAGCCCAGAGGGGGGUAAACUCCCUGAGGACAGUGCCCAGGAAGCCCCCUCGCUCCAGGACAUGGACAUCCCCAAUGACCCGUCCACAGCCAUCUCUGGAAACUCCAACAUCCUACUCUGUGCCAGUGUUGAAGUGAACAUCUACGACCUUGAGCCCUCUUUGGACAUGAAGGAGGGGCUCCUGGACAAUCUGCUGCCCAGCAUGGAGGAGGAAGUCCCCACAGAGACUGCCCGCUCUGUCCCAGAUAUUGACCUGAGCGGCUCCCUUGGGGUUACUGACUGGGAAACCCUGUACAAAUCUGUUUCUAAUGAGCUAGAGCCUCUGAGCACUCCUGUUGUGACCUCCACCCCCACCUGUAGCAGUUACCUGUCUGUUUUCACAUUCUCCUGUCCCGAGCUCGACCACCUUGGAGUGGGGUUUGAUGGUCGCAAAAGUGGAGGGGGCAAGGCUGAAUCUGUUGAUAUCUUCAAUUCUCCAACCCUGUUGGCCUUAUAA